AGAAGCAUAUCUUUCUACAUCCAUAUAUUACCUAGUGAUGGAUGAUGAUUUCGAUGACUUUGGUGGAUUUGAGGCAGCUGAACCCGUUUCCCAGGCACCUGUCGUUAGUACAGGCCAAUCAGGACUGACACAGGAAGCUAGCCCAUCCCCCUGGGCACUGAUCACAACGGGUUACAGUGCUGUUGGAGCUAAACCAGAUUUACUUUGUAGAGAAAACAAGUUCCCGGAGGUUCUUGAUCCCACCGUGACUGGAGGCCAGGGGGCGUCAAACCAAAACCAGAACGGGGCCACGGGCCAGCAUGUAGAAGAGGCUAGUGCGAGUGCUCCCCCUUUUCAGGCUUUUGAUGUCCAGUUCCCCACUGGAGCAAGUGAUCCCUUGGACAUCAACCUAGAUGAGGUGACAUUGGCCAACAACAUCCUUGAUGGUCAGUUCCUACCUUCUUUCCCUGUGUCCAGUCCGCAGUCAUCAAACACCGUGCCCAGUAGUCGGUGCAAUCGUCCAUCUUCUGUCGGCCUUCAAAAUUCCGCAGAAAGUCAGAAGAGAUUAGUACGACAUGACUCGGUACCUCUUGAAGGUUCCCGCCAAAACUCUGUUCAAGGCCAAAAUCAAAUUGACUCCUCCAUUGUUCGAAGGCAAGGUGCAAUUCAAAAUGUGUCUCAAACAGAGCUGGCAUCCAUACCUCAGACAAACAUUGAUAGGUCACGAGGAUCAAAUUCUUUCUCUUUCGACCGAAGGUUAUCGUCCGGGACAGAUACCGUUACGGAAAGGAAAGUCUCUGUGUCCAGUGACAAUUCCUUUAAACAAGACGCUUGGGAAUCCGAUGUGUUCAGUUCAAUUCCGACAAGUGUCAGUGUUGCUAAGACGACAAUUCUGAAUGAGACAUCUAGUAGCAGACAGGGGUCCCCACCAUCAAGCAUUCCAUCUAGUGUGGCAGGGCUCACAUCAAAAAGACAGGAGGAAACAUUGUCAAACAGCAAUGUAGGCACCGUACCUAACACGGCUGUGAUGCAGGAGAUGAAACAGAUCCGGUCAGAAAGUCAGGCUGCAGUCAAAACAGUGGUACAAGAAUAUAAGGAAUUAAUGCAGACCACCCUUCGCAGCGAGCGAGAGGCAAUGGAGGGGCAAGUACGUGUGUUGAUGAAGGAACAAGAAGACAAGUUUAAAAGCUUGCUCAGUGAACAGCAAUCUCAUUUCGAAGAGAAAUUAGAAGAGGAGCGAACAAAAAUGUCAGAAUCAAAGAUGACAGCUCUCAAGGAGAAGUCAAAGGAGCUACAGAAAGAGUUUGAAGAUUUUCUGAACUUGGAACGAGAGAAAAACCAGAAUAAUCUGCAGAGUGCUUUAGAGGAAGAAAGAAGAGAAAACGGUAAGAAGGUCAUGGAAGUGUUAGAGGAAGAACGGGAGAAAAAUAGGAAGCAGCAGUCAGAACAGAAGGAAUUGUUUAAAAAGGAAUUGCAAGAGGAACAACAGAAGCAUCAAGAAAAUGUACAGAAAUCUCUUGCAGAUCAACGGGAAAAGUUUCAGGUUAUGCUCAAGGAGAGUCUGGAAGAGGAAAGAAAGAGAGGAGAGGAGGCUCUACGCAUCAAAGUGGCACAGAUAGAAUCUAGGAAAAUGCUCGACAGUAAAGUCCAUAAGAGACACAUGGCCAGUCUGGAUGUUUUCCUGGAGGGGGCUCGUCAACAACUCUCACUCCUCAUGGACAAGUCGGACUCGCCAGAUGUUGAAAUGCUUCCUUUGAACAGUUGAUGAGCCUGGAGGCUGGACUACUGAAUCAUUCCAAAUCGUGUUCAGGCCGAUUUUUGCUAUAGAUUGCUCGGAAAAACCCUGAAAGUUUAGGGCUACAUUCGCGUAUCCCGAUAGAAAUGGUACAGGUGGCGCAGAAAUAUUCCAUGAUAAACGAAUACACUUGGGCCGUUCUCUAAGCAGAGCUUAAAAUGCACAAUUUCGGAAAAAAAGUAACAAUGUAUCAGGAAUAUUAUGCCCUUCUUUCACGGGUCCACUGAAUUACAUAACGUAUCUUAAAAACUACAUGUGGCUUGACA